CAUCGGUAACAAGCAGAUCACUUUGCACCAAAUGCAAAUUAGGUUCAGCUGUGCUGAGAGACAGAGUGUGAGAGAGGAAGUCUGUAUGAUGAGUUUUGACAAAAGGCCAAGAAUAGCCACAAUGUUGGCAAUGUCACUGGGAGCAGUGUGUUUUCAAUAACCAGAGAUCAUCGAGGACCAUGGCAUACAGUGUCAACAUUUGUGAAACGGAUUCUGAGUCUGACUUUGAGAACCUGGGUGAAAGUGAACCAGGUCAGGACUCCUUCCAGGUCGUUGCAGAGCCAGCAGUCAGCACCCAGAGGUGUCCUCAAACGGACGUUUUUAGUGAAUGCACACGUAUAAAUACAGAACAUCUGACAUUUACUGCAAGCGGCCACGAGAGAGACGAGACACUCAGCAGGGAGCAGAAGAAAUCUCUACGGAGGCAUCACUGGUCAGCUGCUACCUUAAAGGUCCUCGCCUCAAUGCCCAGUCGCACUGCUGGCAUGCACGGAGUUUGCGGGGGGGCAGGGGGAGCACUGCCCCCCCUGGUAGCUGAAACGGGGAUAAAUAACGCUGCAGUAAUUCCCCAACAUGCCAGAAACUUGUCUCAGUUAGACCGACACCAGACCUCCUCCCAAGAUUCUUCUCAGCCCUCCAGACCAAUGCAGGAAGACUCUGUCCAGGCCAAUAUCGAGGAGGAAAUCUGUAAUGAAGAAAACAAGAAGGAGCAGUUGGUGUCCAUCCUCCGAGGCCUCUCAGUGGGCGAGGGCAUGCGCAAGCUGCAAGCCUCGCCGCUCAGCCUGGCAGAUAAGAUGGAAGUCAGGCAACUUGCUUUUAGUGACGUAGCUGAGAGUUCACUCAUCAGAAGUAUUCCAUGCUACAGUCGUCUAAGCUUGUACAUUUCAAGGACUUUGCAUCAUUGCCUGUUUAGCUGCCUACCUGUCCUCACUUCCCUCCAGCUGUGGCAUUCACCCAUUAAGAGACUGAGCGGACGUUUCGGAACCGGGGUACUUUCUUACUUUCUGUUUCUCCGGACCCUCCUGCUCUUUAACCUCCUCCUCUUCGUCAUCAAUGGCCUGUUCCUGGUCUUCCCUCAAGCCGUCAACCCUCCUCCCCGACCUCAUGACUCUAAUCUGGACACUUUCACUGGCCUUGAGCUUCUCACAGGCACUGGCUAUCUCUCUCAGAGUGUGAUGUUUUACGGCUACUACACCAACAUCAUUCACAAAACUUGUCGAAAUGACUCCACUGCUGCUGAAUCCCCUGAUCUGCCAGUCUGUGAUUCCAAAAAGCCUCAGGUAGUGCCGUACAGUAUACCUGCAGCCUAUUUCUUUACCAUCGUCAUCGCCUUCUACACAAUCUGCAUCAUCCUUGUGUACAGCAUAUCCAAGGCCUUUGGAAGAGGUUUUCAAGUCCUUAAGUCUAAUGGGAAUCUGGCAGGAAAAGUUUUCUGCUCCUGGGAUUUUAAAGUCAUUAAGAAGACGUCUGUCAGACUGCAGUCUGAGAAAAUCAGUACUCAGCUCAAAGAACUGCUAUCUGAGAUGUUGCAUGGAGAAAAUCAAAAGAGCUGCAUGCAGCGACUCUGCCGACUCAUGCUGCACCUGGUGGCGUGGGUUGCAUGUCUGGCAACCAUCUUUCUGAGCGCCAUGACAGUCCACUACCUGUCAGAGAGUGCCAUUAAACAGAGUUGUUUGGAAAAAACUGAGCUGCUGCUCUUGGCUGCAGUGGUGUCAGGCAUUAACCUGUUACUCCCGGGCCUCUUCAAUCUGUGUGCUUGGGUCGAGAAUUAUGACUCACCCAGUGUUCUUGUCUACGUCUCCAUCUUCAGGAACCUGUUGUUGAAGGUCAGUAUUGUUGGAGUGCUGUGUUUCCGCUGGCUGGGGAGAAUUGCUGUGGAACGAGAACGUUGUGGGAUACAGUGUUGGGAGAGCUUUGUGGGGCAAGAACUGUAUCGCUUGCUCCUGAUGGACUUUGUCUUCACAGUGCUUUACACUUUUUUCGGAGAGUUCCUGUGGAGGCUCUUUACCAAGCAAGUGCUGAAAAGGAACAGGAUGCCAGUGUUUGACAUUGCUCGUAAUGUGCUGGAACUCAUAUAUGGACAAACCCUCACUUGGUUCGGGGUGCUGUUUGCUCCACUGCUUCCUGCAGUCCAGAUCAUAAAACUGUUUGUGCUAUUCUACAUGAAGAAGAGCAGUCUGGUGCUGAACUGUCAGGCAUCGAAGAAGCCCUGGAGGGCCAGUCAGAUGACAACAUUUUUCAUCUCUCUUUUGUGCUUCCCCUCAUUUCUUGGCGCUGCCGUGUCGGUCACUUACACAAUUUGGACGAUUAAACCCUCGUCAGGGUGCGGCCCUUUUAGGAAUCUCACUACAAUGUUUCAGUCCAGGCAGCUGUGGGCCCAGGAGCUGGAGAACACCCACCUGAUCCUGUCUUGGCUCAGCUGGGCCUACAACUCUCUGGUGGAGAACCCACUGUUCUUAUUCCUCGCAGCUGGAGUCUUUCUAAUGGUGAUAUAUUUUCACACUCAGAUUAUUGAUGGCCAAAGGAGAAUCAUCAGUCGGUUAGAAAAGCAAAUCGAAAAUGAGGGUAAGGACAAACAGUUCCUCAUCACCAAUUUGCAAGCCAUUUAUGAACGGAGUGGUCUGGUUUCCCCUUAGCAAUGCAAAGAUAUUAAAUUAGCUGUGACAAGCACCUCUCCUUUGACAGGUGGUUGUCAACGUCCUAUGGAAUGUCAGCUACAAUGAGAACACAAAAACCUGUAACUGUAAAGUGUAUUAAUUUCAAAUAUAUUCCAUAAUGUUUAGUUUCUUAAGUUACACAAGUAUGUAUGUAUGUAAUUUUACACACACCCCUCACCUGGGAUGUAGCAGGAUGUUUUUUUUUAAUUAAUGUGUAGUUAUUUUUCAAAUUAUGUUAAUGCUUAUGAAUAAUUAUCUUGAACAUGUAUGAAAAUAAAUUUGUUUAUUGGAAUGAGGAA